UUUUUAUUCUGUUUAUUUGUUACCGCAUGAACAAGUAUCCCGUUGCGAGAUGGCAUGAGAUAGUGGAUCUUCGUGGACAGAAAGAUGCCGUGGGGCGUAUGUCCCUGUGGCAUCUUUUGCAACCAACACUCUUUUUUGUUUCUCCAAGUUGCUGGUGCCCCCAGGCAAAUUUGUUGCUGUUUGGUCCGGAGGGAUUCGGUAAAAUGUUGUUCGCCCAAGGAAUUGCGGGGGAAGCGAAAGCCACGUUUUUCCAUUAUAAUGCUGCUUUGUCGGAUACUGAAAAUGGUGAGAAUGCGGUGAUUGCCCUUUUUGGGGUGGCGAAAUGCAAGCAGCCAUCUGUUAUCUUCGUCGAAAAUAUUGACUGUAUUUUAUCAGCGGUAUUGUCUUUCUUGUCGCGUAGGUUCAAGUACUAGACCGGAAGUGCUUUCCCAAGAAGUGUUAAACGUGUUUCGGAAUAGGUUAUAUCUACCCUUGCCCUCGUUCAAAGCUAGGUGGUCCAUUAUCGAGGGAUUUUUGGAGAGAGAAGGACUGUUUCGCCUGUCAUGGUCUGACUUGCAUGAUAUUUGCCACAUGACUGCAGGUUACUCUGCUACGGAAUUAGAGGCGGUAGUCAAGCAUGCGGUAUCUCUCGGUCCAUUUUUUAUUAUCUUGAUACAUUUUUUUUAUUUUUUAUGGCAGAGUGGUGCAAUGAAAGUGAGAUGUGUUGACAUCCUUCGUGAUAUCAAGGGGAAUCAUCCUGGCAUGUUGAAGAAUGUGGACCCAUUUUUUAUUCUGUUUAUUUGUUACCGCAUGAACAAGUAUCCCGUUGCGAGAUGGCAUGAGAUAGUGGAUCUUCGUGGACAGAAAGAUGUCGUGGGGCGUAUGUCCCUGUGGCAUCUUUUGCAACCAACACUCUUUUUUGUUUCUCCAAGUUGCUGGUGCCCCCAGGCAAAUUUGUUGCUGUUUGGUCCGGAGGGAUUUGGUAUAAUGUUGUUCGCCCAAGGAAUUGCGGGGGAAGCGAAAGCCACGUUUUUCCAUUAUAAUGCUGCUUUGUCGGAUACUGAAAAUAAAAAAAAAAAUUGCACAAGCCAACAAGCAAAGCCUCAUGCCAUUGUUAAAGGCGUUGUGUUCCAUUCAAGUCAAUAGUCAUGCUUAAGAAUUUUUAAAAGUGCCGUCAUUACCAAACCACAUAUCCAAGGCUGAAGAUUCUCAAAUUCUCCAAGCUAACAAUCAUAUCAUUCUCAUGCCAAUUCGAAUGACUUGAUAAUGACAAAGCAAGCAACCUUCUUUUGGGGGGAUUAAUACGAACCGAAGAAAGUUCUGCACUAUACAUUCUUACCUGAGGGCUGAGUUGCUGGAAUUUACUGCCGGAAUGAAGCUUUGUUUUCCAGUUUCCAAUUAUUGAUGCUCCUGAAAAAGAAAACCAAAAGAAGUGUGUCAUGGUCAUUCAAUCAACAACUCAGCCGAUAUAGAAACAAAGUGAUUGAGAUAUGAAAUUGAA